GUUGACAGAAUGAAUCCCAAGAGCGAAGUCCUGGUUGCAGCAGUGCUUGUCCUCAUGCUGCUGGCCUGUGUGGAGUGUCAGUUGACCUUCUCUCCGGACUGGGGCAAGCGCUCGGUGGGCGGAGCUAAUGGCGGUUCUACGGCUUCCUUCUUUGAGCCUGUUCAUGGCAACUGCCGGACCUCCAACGAGAUGCUGCUCGAGAUCUUUCACUUUGUGCAGUCGCAGGCGCAGCUCUUCCUCGACUGCAAACACCGGGAGUAGAAGAGGACGAUGUCCCCCCAACUAGCACACCACACACACGCACACACAUACACAAUACCCAUAUAUUCUAACCCAUAUAUACAUAUAUAUUAUAAUACAGCACGUUAUCAAGGUAGUCGUAGUCGGCAUUUAGAUUUAAUGGAAUUUUCGUUUUCCCAACAAAAACAACAAUAAAUAAGCGCAUCUGAAAAUGUA